CCCAUCACAGCUGAUCACCUCACGAGGCAGCAGGUGCGGUGCCCAGCAGGUCCCCAGCGACGCUCCAGAGCACCACAGCACAACACACUCAAAUCCACGGCUAUGUUGAGUUGGGACAGCGAGGAGUUCAACUUUGUCGGUCUUGCACGGAGCCCUGUCAAGCGGACGCCCCGGACGUACCACGACGACGAUGGCGCCGUGAUCAAGACCGAAGAGCCUUUCUCGCGCUCAACGACUGACCGCAUGUCCACGGGGACUGCUCGCUCAGCCGGGUACUCCUCAGUUGGACCUGCAAGCAGCGCUCGCCAUCGCCAGGCUCUCCGCCCAAUGGCCGAAAACAGCGUGUACACGCCCGCUCCUUCCGCGCUGGACAGCAUGGUCAACAUCAUCUCGACCUCCAUCUCCAGUAACAAGAAGGCCCUGACGGCAAGUCGAUCCGGCCUACCCGUGUCCCGCACGCUGAAGUUAUCGCCUGCGGACACCACGCGCACCACGGCGGGCGAGAAGAAAGAACAAUCGGUGCUGGUGAGGGCGUACACGCCUGCAGCCGCCGUCAGCAGGGGGCACCAGCGGCACGAGCAGCAGGAAGCGGUAUCGCCGGCCGGCAACAUGCUGCACGGUGAUCACACUCACCGCUCGAUGACCCGGUCUGCUCUCCUCUCCGCCCUGGAUCACUCACCGUACACCCCCCAGCAACAGCACCAACAGCAAGGAUCUCAUGUUUCGCUAGACGACAGCUCGCCAAGAGCAACACAGGCCGGCAACAACGCGGCCUCCCCGUCUUUCUCCUCGGACAUCCCCACCGGGAUCAAGAAAGCCUCAUCCCCGUCUUCUCCGCAGGCCUACGCCCAGCACCACGACCACGAUGGCCCCUUGACACCGUCCUUCCUUGCGCCGGCCGCGAGACUCGGCGAAGCGGGCUUUACGGACGACGACCGUAGCCGUACGUGGUCCGAGUGCUCCUUCACCAACGCGGUGUUCUCUCCAGACCCCGUCACCCCCGCCGUGGCGCGAGAGAGUCGAGGCGGCAACGACGGCGGCGGCGACGGCGGCAACACCGCCGUGGGCAGCGGCGACAGAGGUGGGGUGUCCAGAGGUGAGAUGGCCAAAGGCGAAGAAGGCCAUGGCGCCAGGGCGACGCCGACUCCGCCGCAGAGAAGGACUAGCAGCCCGCCUGCGUCGGAGAUCGCGUACACCCGCGACCACACCGCUACCGCUCACACUGCGUGCACCCCGGCAGCCGUGUCGGCACUCGUGCGGAUGGGCGGCCGCUCCGUGGCAGCGGAGACACCCGGGAGCGGAACAGCUGCGAACAGGUACCGCGGUUUCAUUGCGCAGAGCCCGAUCGCGCUAUCCGCCACCGCGAAGAAAGAAGACCCCGAGGAGGGAGAGGCGGAGAUGCCGAGCACCCCCGCCGCAGCGGCGACUCUCGCGGCAAUGAUGAAGGUCGCUAGUGCUGGCGUGCAUGGGUCUGAUCCUGCUGCUGCUGAGGAACAGGGGGUGAUCAUGGGCAAGAAUCAGGACUCUACCUCUCAAGAAGCUUCAGGAGUACGGCCGAAGGAUGUAAAGAACUUGCGCCAGCGGAGGACAGCGGCUCCCGAGACACCAUCCCGACGAGAGAGUAUGAGUGCCGGGCUGCCGAUAAUAACCCCAAGGCGCAGGAAGGCGGCGUCGCAGCUUCUCGACCUAAGCAAGGCAACCCCGAGGGGAAUGAUCAGGGGAUUGCUGUCGAGCAACGGACAUCCCGCCCAGGCUUUGCAGAACAAGCACCAGGCGCACCAGCGCUUCGUGCCCCAGGUGGCUAAGCUGGUGGAGAACGUUGAGGAGGAGACUCCGCGAGCGCUGCUGAAAGGAGCUUGCGUUCGCGAAGACAACCGCUCUCGGUGGAAGUCCACAUCCGUUGCAGAAGCUGCCGCCGCUGCCGCUGCCGCCGCAGCUGCUACGGCGGCGGCUGCUGUUGCCGCGGCGGGUUCCGCGGACGGGGCUGGCGGCUUCGUGGAGGGUCGCGAGGCGGGCGAGAUUAGUGCCGAGCUAGCCGCUGUGAGUUGA